AGCAGGGCGCUGAGAGAACCGAAUGAAGUAGAGCAGAAAAGCAAUGCCACAAAGAUUUCAAGAUGGGUUUUUCAAUGUUUCUGUCUGUGGUCAGGAGAUGGAGCAGUUGUCAAGAGAAGGUAGCCAGUACAGCCUUACCAAUGCCCUUCUUCCUUCUCUUACCAAUGCCCUUCUUCCUUCUCUUGGUGCCAGAAGCAAUCGCAGAAUUAAGUUGCGUAGGUUCAUAAUUUCGCCUUAUGAUCGUCGUUACAGCGUCUGGGAGACUUUUCUGGUUGUUCUUGUUCUAUAUACUGCUUGGGUAUCUCCAUUUGAAUUUGGAUUCCUUGAUGGACCGAGGGGAGCUCUUGCAAUCACUGACAACGUAGUUAAUGGGUUCUUCGCCGUGGAUAUUAUGCUGACCUUUUUCGUUGCCUUCCUUGAUAAAACUACAUACCUCUUCAUUGACAACCCAAAACAGAUUGCUUGGAAGUAUGUUAGAACCUGGUUUGCCUUUGAUGUCAUAUCUACAAUCCCCUCAGAAAUUGUGCGGAGGAUUUUACCUAAAGCUAUUCAGUCCUAUGGUUUCUUCAACAUGCUUCGUCUCUGGCGUCUACGAAGAGUCAGUUCGUUUUUUGCCAGACUGGAGAAAGAUAGGCAUUUCAAUUACUUUUGGGUUCGAUGUGCAAAACUAGUCUGUGUAACACUCUUUGCAGUACACUGUGCUGGGUGUUUCUAUUAUCUUCUUGCUGCACGUUACCAUGACAAAAAAAAUACAUGGAUUGGAGCAAGUUAUGAUAAGUUUCUUCAGACAAGCCUUUGGAUACGCUAUGUUACAUCAAUGUAUUGGUCCAUCACUACGCUCACAACUGUUGGCUAUGGUGAUUUGCAUGCUCAGAAUACAAGGGAGAUGAUCUUUGACAUCUUCUACAUGCUUUUCAACCUUGGAUUGACAGCAUAUCUUAUUGGAAAUAUGACCAAUUUGGUUGUCCAUGGGACCAGUAGAACUAGAAAAUUUAGGGAUACCAUUCAAGUGGCAUCAAAUUUUGCACAACGGCACCAACUCCCAACACGGCUUCAAGAGCAGAUGCUUGCACACUUGUGUUUGAAGUUCAGAACAGAUUCAGAGGGACUGCAACAGCAAGAGACUCUUGAUGCCCUUCCUAAAGCAAUCCGAUCAAGUAUAUCACAUUAUCUCUUUUAUUCUCUUGUCGACAAGGUGUACUUGUUCAGUGGGGUAUCGAAUGACUUACUUUUUCAACUGGUCUCAGAGAUGAAGGCCGAGUAUUUCCCCCCAAAGGAAGAUGUGAUCUUGCAGAAUGAAGCACCAACAGACUUUUACAUACUUGUUACUGGUGCUGUGGAACUUGUGGUCCUCAAGAAUGGACUGGAACAGGUCAUUGGAGAGGCAAAGGCGGGGGAUAUUUUUGGUGCGAUUGGGGUGCUUUGUUACAAGCCACAGCUCUUCACUGUCCGCACCAAACGAUUGAGUCAGUUGCUGCGGUUGAACCGUACUGUAUUUUUGAAUGUCGUUCAGGCCAAUGUUGGGGCUGGGACCAUAAUCAUGAACAAUCUCCUUCAGCAUUUGAAAGAAGUGAAAGACCCAGAGAUGCAAGGAAUUCUAACAGAGACAGAGAACAUGCUAGCUCGGGGUAGAGUGGACCUUCCUCUCAGUCUAUGCUUUGCAGCAAGUAGAGGAGACGACCUAUUGUUGCAUCAGUUACUGAGAAGGAGCUUGGAUCCAAAUGAAUCUAGUUACACUGGGCGCAGUGCUCUGCAUAUAGCAGCAUCCGGAGGAUAUGAAAACUGUGUCUUACUCCUACUGGACUAUGGAGCAGACCCUAAUAGUAGAGAUGCAGAAGGAAAUGUUCCACUGUGGGAGGCAAUACGGGAGAGGCAUGAUCCAGUGAUCAAACUUCUGGUCGACGAUGGUGCAAACAUCUAUUCUGGUGAUGUGGGUCAGUUUACAUGUACUGCCGUUGAACAGAAUGACUUGAACUUGCUCAAGGACAUUGUACGAUAUGGAGGAGAUGUGAAACUACCCAAGAGCAAUGGAACAACUGCACUUCAUGUUGCAGUUUGCGAGGGGAAUGCUGAAAUAGUUAAGUUCCUCUUGGACCAUGGAGCUGACAUUGAUAGGCUUGAUGUCCAGGGUUGGACCCCAAGGGGUCUAGUAGAUCAGCAGGGCCAUGAAGAGAUAAAAGUUCUAUUCCAGUCCAGACAAGAGACCUGUGCCCAAACCUCCGUUAAUGUUUCUGGACCUCCUAGGGUGCGCUAUCUUGGUAGAUUUACAAGCGAGCCUGCUCUUCGCCAAUUGUCUGAGGAAGGUACAACCACUUCAACUGAGGUGCCAUGGAGGCAUAAUCGUCGAAGGCGAAAAUCUAACAACUUCCACAACUCACUGUUCGGCAUCAUGUCAGCUGCCCAUCCAAGUAAAAGAGGUAUACCUUCACCUGCUGGCCUUGUUACAUGCACUAAGACUUCUGGUCAUUACUCUGCAAGAAUCACAAUUAGUUGCCGAGGAAAUGUUGGUGUCACCGAAAAGCUAGUUCGCUUGCCAGGGUCCUUUCCAGCGUUACUUGAGAUCUGUGCCCAGAAAUUUGGGUUCAGACCCACAAAAAUCCUAACUAGCGACGGUGCUGAAAUUGAUGAGGUAGAGCUCAUUAGAGAUGGUGAUCGUCUGGUUCUUGUUGGUGAUGACGGCUAAACAUUUCACAUGUACCUACACUUGGUUGAGGCUGAAGUAUGAUCUGCCACAUUGUGUCUUGGGGGAUUGCUUUGUGGAGCUCCUGAAGUUGGCUGGA